AUGGCGAAAGAAGGAGGAUACGUGACGGUGGCGGCGGAAGAAGUGGAGGAGCUACGGAGGAGAAACAGAGAGCUCGAGAGAGAAGUGGAGGAGAUGAGGACGGAGAUGGUUAAGUUGUGGCGGAGGACAGUGGUGGCGGAGGAGGCGGAGGAGAGGCUCUGCUCGCAGCUGGCGGAGCUGGAGGUUGAGUCUUUAGAUCAAGCGCGUGAGUAUCAAUCUCGCGUGCUCUUCCUCAUGGACCAAAUCUCUCGUCUCUCUUCUUCUUCACUUGAAAUCGUUGUUACGAAUUCGUAG